AGUGCAUUCUUACUACUAUCACAACAUAGACAUAUAAAGCAAAAUGGUUUCAACGUCAGAGGUCCAGUUUAUAAAACUGUUCAAAACUUUGGAAAAUUCAACAUCAAUACCGUCAGAUCUUAUGUUCCAAACUUAAUCUUAUGGGGUGGUGCUGCCGGUGCUGCAGUUGCUGUCUUCACCGAAGGUGUUCCAUUAUUCAGAAAUACUUUCUACUCCAAGAUCCCAUACUUUGGUGAACACUUUGUUUACAACCCAGAUCCAGAAGAUGUCCCAGUCUAAUCUAAACCAACAACAUACUCAAAAUUUUAAUAUAAUCCUGUAUAAACAGACUACGCUAUAUAGAUUAAUGUAUCUUGAUCUUGUCGUUUCAAAUACUCGUUAGUUAUAAGCACAUCAAUACAUGCUUUCAAGUCAUGAACCAGAGCUGUGGGGUUACGCUUGUGUAGUAAAUCAAGACAAUCUUGAAGCAAAUUGGUCAUAGAAUAUUUCUCAUGUUGUUUCAUAACUUUAACAAUAGUGGCUUUGUAUUCUUCUUGUCUAUUUCUUUCCAUGGACAUGGUCACUGUCAUAUCCGUUGGCUUAUCUUUAAGCAUGGCAAGUUUAAUUUUUCGUGAUUUGGACGUAAAAUGUGAAUUCAAUUUGAAGCUGCCUUCUGUUUGUAUGACCAACUUCUUGGAUACAAGAGUAUCUAACACUUGUCGUAAUAACCGUUCGUCCAUUAAAGUACGUUGGUUCAAUUCCGUUAAAGUGUAGUUGUGCUUCUCGUUAAAUAAAAUUAUAACCACCGCUUGAAGUAAAUUACAUUGAAUUUCAAUGUCCUCAUGAAAGUGUCCGAUAAUGAUUAUUUGAUGCAAUUUAUAAUUAUUCCAAUCCAAUUUCCUCAGUUUAAACUUUUCGCCUAAUUCACAAUAUUUGGUAGUGAAAGUGUCAAGAAUUUCUUGGAAAUUAUUGGGUAAAGUAAUGGUGAGCUCUUCAUACAAUGGAGAAGGCCAGUGCUUCUUUUCUAAAACUAAAGGAACAAACUCAAAAUCUGAUGCACUUGCCAAUUGGGGAUAUUCACUAGCUGACAAUUGCAAAUCAUUGAACAUGACUUUAAGUGAAAUACUAUCUUCAUCAGAUUCUCCAAUCUCAGCAAGGAAUUCCAAUGCUAAUUUCUCUUCAUCCUUAACAUUAGACUUGUUUAAUAGUAAUCUCUUUGAUAAAUCUUUCUUGUAAAACAUAAGAAAUUCAUGCUUGUUGCUAAUAGCUUUAAAAAUAAUCAUGAUAUACUCAAAAUUUGGAAAAUUUUCUGGUUUCUUGAAAUAUGAGUCUAUAUUUUUGCAUAGUUGGGAUAUAAUGUAUGUAUUGUUGCCCGCGGUAUUCACUGCUCUAGAAAGGGAAUUUCGAAGUUCAAAUUCAAGCGAGUCUGAUUCCCCAAGUUUGGUUAAACUCUCAGUAUAAAAACUGUAUGAUUCAACUAAUGUAGGAAUUACUGACUUACCAUCUGUUCGUGAAUUC